AUGGGAAACGGCAUAGGGAAGUUAACGGUGUGCUUCACCGGAAAUAACGGUAGGGGUCGUCGGAAGCAGGAUAUAUCCAUUUUAAUAUCGGAGCCUCUCGACGAGGGGUUGGGUCACUCGUUCUGCUACGUUAGACCCGACCCGACCCGGAUAUCGUCGUCGAAGGUGCACUCGGAAGAAACGACGACGUUCAGAACAAUCUCGGGCGCGUCGGUGAGCGCGAACACAUCGACGCCGUUAUCGACGGCCUUCGUUGACUUGUACUCUUAUGGUUCUAUUGACCGAGCGGCGGCGUUCGAGAGUUCAACGUCGUUCGCGUCGCUUCCUCUGCAACCGAUUCCGCGGAACCUGGUGAACUCGGGGCCCUUUUCGGGGAACCUGGGCGGUGGUGGUGGGUUUCCGGGCUCGGGCCCACUGGAGAGGGGGUUCAUGUCGGGCCCCAUCGAGCGCGGGUUCAUGUCGGGGCCCAUCGAUCGUGGGCUUUUUUCGGGGCCGAUGGAGAGGGAGGGAAACGGAAUCGGAAACGGAUCGGAUCAUUUCCAGAGAAGCUUUUCACACGGAGGGCUGGGUUUAGGGCUGGGAUUAGGUUUGAGAGUGAGAACGAGGAAGGGUCGGUGGAUUCGAGUUUUGCAGAGGGCGAUUUCGAAGACUCUGUCUCGGGGGCAGAACUCGAUUGUGGCUCCAAUCAAAGGGGUGGUGGUGAAGGAGCCGGAGUGGAUGCUGGCGGCGGCGGAGAAGCAUAAUGAGAAUCUGAGUGUGAAUUUGAGCAGUGAGGGAAGUUUGGAGGACGAUGAUUCGAUGGAGAGUCAGAAUCUUCAAUGGGCUCAGGGGAAAGCAGGGGAAGAUCGUGUCCAUGUUGUUGUGUCUGAAGAACAUGGUUGGGUUUUCGUGGGGAUCUAUGAUGGUUUCAAUGGACCCGAUGCACCAGAUUACCUUCUCUCGAAUCUCUACACCGCGGUUCACAAGGAGCUGAAAGGGUUGCUGUGGGAUGAUGGGUCUGGACCGGAAAAUUCGAUGCCUAAAGAGGACGUGUUGCGAGAUGUUGCAGAUGUUACAGGUGUAGAUGCCUGUUUUCACUGUGUUGAACAAGAAAAUAAUAAUAAUAAUAAUAAUAAUAAGAGUAGUAAUAAGAGAGGUAGGAAUUUGAGGAACAAGUUCAAAGGUGCUGCGAAGAAGUGGGAGGAGAAUCAACGGAGGUGGAAGUGUGAGUGGGAUAGGGAGAGGUUAGAGCUUGACCGGCGAUUGAAGGAACAACUCAAUUUAAGUCGAUCCGGGUCUGGUGGAGCAGCAAGUUCUAUUAAUCAUGCGGAUGUUCUGGAAGCUCUUUCUCGGGCUCUGAGGAAGACAGAGGAAUCUUACCUUGAUGUUGCGGAUAAGAUGGUGAUGGAGAAUCCUGAACUUGCCUUGAUGGGUUCGUGUGUUCUUGUGAUGUUGAUGAAGGGGGAGGAUGUUUAUGUGAUGAAUGUGGGGGAUAGUCGCGCUGUGCUGGCUCAGAAGGCUGAGCCUGAUUAUUGGCUCGGCAAGAUCAGGCAGGACUUGGAGAGGAUCAAUGAGGAGACAAUGAAUGAUCUUGAAUCUUGGGAUGUUGAUAACUCCAACUUGGUUCCAAGUCUUAGUGCGAUUCAGCUUACUAAAGAUCACAGUACUUGUGUUGAAGAAGAAAUCCAGAGAAUUAAAAAGGAACACCUGGAUGAUCCUUGUGCUGUUGUAAAUGACCGUGUUAAGGGUUCUCUCAAGGUUACCCGAGCAUUUGGUGCUGGAUUUCUCAAACAGCCCAAGUGGAACAACGCACUUCUGGAGAUGUUUAGAAUAGACUACGUCGGAAACUCUCCUUACAUCAGCUGCCUGCCAUAUCUAAAACACCACAGGUUAGGUCCAAAGGACAAAUUUUUGAUUCUAUGCUCCGAUGGGCUCUAUCAGUACUUGUCAAACGAAGAGGCAGUGGCUGAAGUUGAGCUUUUCAUCACAUUGCAACCUGAGGGAGACCCGGCUCAGCAUUUGGUCGAAGAAGUAUUAUUUCGUGCUGCAAAGAAAGCUGGUUUGGUCUUUCACGAGUUACUAGAAAUUCCACAGGGUGAUAGGCGCCGUUACCAUGAUGAUGUCUCCAUCAUUGUUAUUUCUUUGGAGGGAAGGAUAUGGAGAUCAUGUGUAUAA